GAAAUCCAUGAGGACAUCACUGAUGUGGUAAUCACAUCCCAGCAGAGUCCUACUGUGGGGAAAGAUGCCCAAGCAAAAGAUGGGAAAUGCUUCAGAGGCAGACCUCUUUGUUUCCACCAUCUCAAAGGAGCAUGAUUAUUUCAUGGGCUCUGUGUACAUCACUUUCUGUAUACUAUCUCUUUUGGGGAAUGGUCUUCUUCUCCUUGUAGCCUAUCGGAAAAGGUCGUCUCUGAAGCCAGCUGAGUUUUUUAUCGUCAACCUGUGCAUCAGCGACCUUGGCAUGACCUUGUCCCUCUUUCCUUUCGCCAUCCCAUCUUCAUUUUCUCACAGGUGGUUGUUUGGAGAGGUCUUCUGCCAGGGCUAUGCCAUGUGUGGGGUGCUCUUUGGCCUCUGCAGCCUGACCAACCUCACCGUCCUCUCAUCUGUAUGCUGCCUCAAAGUAUGCUUCCCACAUUAUGGAAGCAAGUUCUCCUCUUCCCAUGCGUUACUCCUGGUGGCGGGAGUGUGGGGCUACGCCUCAGUCUUUGCUAUCGGGCCCUUGGUCAGGUGGGGUCUGUAUGGGCCAGAGCCCUAUGGCACGGCCUGCUGUAUUGACUGGUAUGCGCCCACCUACGACCUCCUGGCCAUGUCCUACAUCAUCUGUCUUUUCCUCUUCUGCUACGUCGUGCCUUGCACCAUCAUCUUCCUCUCCUACGCCUCCAUCCUGCUCACCGUGCGGGGCUCCCGCCAGGCUGUACAGCAGCACGUGUCGCCACAAACCAAGACCACCAAUGCACACACUCUCAUCGUCAAGCUGUCUGUGGCCGUAUGCAUUGGUUUCCUCGGCGCCUGGAGCCCUUAUGCGGCUAUCGCCAUGUGGGCAGCCUUUGUGGACCAGGAGGUGAUUCCGCCGUUUGCCUUCGCCCUGGCAGCAGUCUUUGCAAAGUCCUCCACCAUCUACAAUCCAGUGGUCUACUUGCUCUUCAAGCCCAACUUCCGCAAAUCUUUGUGCCGGGACACUGCACAGAUCCGCCACAAGAUCUACUCAAGCACGGCAGGCAAGGGUAGCCCCAAUGUGGGCCUGAAGGAUCCCCUCCAGCCGGCUUCGCUGCGCAAAAACAAAGAUCUGAGCAACUCCAACGGGCUGUCGGAGAACCACGCAGCCUGUUUGCACUGUGCUGAAACGGGGAGCAAAGCUUGCAGCAGUGCAGUUGGGGGCUCAGGCAUACGCAGCCAUGUCCCCAUAUCUCUUCAGACUAUGUGUGUUCUCACAGACUCUGGCCACAGUGAGGUCACCGUCUGUCAGCUCCCUGACAACAUGGAUAACUACUUUCUCUAGGGUCGGACUGGGAUUGGCAUCAACUUACUGUAGAUUGUAGACAACAGAAAUGGGUGAAAAUAUGGAUGAAUGAAUGGAUGUGUGAAGGAUGUCAGAAGAGAAUCAUCAGACGGUGCGUAACCCACCUAGAUAUCCUGCUUCCUAGGUUGGACCUCAGUCUUUAGAGAGGUAGUCAUUCUCGGUGUGUAUUUUGUAAGUCAGAGUCAAGUGUAUUUAAGCCGGUUAAAAAAAGAUAUUGCUGCAAGUAACAAUAGUCAUGUUAAGCAACAAAAAAUGUUGCAACAACCUGGAAAAGUUGCCAGGCAAAUGCAGCCAGUGAGGUGUGGCCUAAAAGAAGUUUCAGAUAAAUACAAAGGUACAGUACUGUUUGAGAAUAGAAAACAUGGGAUCUUGGCAUUAACAUGGAAUCAGGUGGCACUAUAUAUGAUAUAAAUGUGCAGAAAGUUCAAAACUUUCAGCAAAGUGAUUUUACCAAUUCAGGAAAUAAAUUUAGCUGGUGUAAUCAUAUCUUCACGAGUACAGUACAUGGACCUCUAUACUAAAUGAAAUACUGAGAUGUCUCAUAGCAAACAUUUGGUUAUACCAUCUCCUCGUACUAUUAAUUCCAUUCGUACAGAAGGUCUAGAACUGCAGUCCUGGAAGGGACCACCGGUAAUCGUUUUUUUCAAUGUCAUGAACAAAUGCUGGCAGUUGAAUAACAUAGGAUAUGUAUUUCAAAUUUCAACAGAGUUCACCCCUCCCUGAACUGAACAGUUCUCAGUUAGGCAGUUCCAGACUCUCUGUGACAUUAGUAUGAGAAGAUGGUAAAACCACGCUAAGCAAAAACAGGGAUUCUGGAUUACAGAGAUAGCAAUGACUUCUCUGAGACCAAAGUUCUGUUUAUGUGAACUACUGAAUAUUUUACUUACAGUAUUGUACAGGUCUGUGACUAUAUUGUAUCUGUUGACAUAUAAUUCAAUAUCAUUACAGUAUGUGGUGAAACUGGGUAAUCAAUUAUGAAUUAUUGUGCAAUGCCCGUAACUCUCUCAUCAACCAUUGCAUCUGGAGACAGAGAACUCUGACAGAGAAAUUCCAAAAACUUUUCAGAGGAAUUCCAAGUCUUUGUUAUGCAACAGAUGGAAUAGAGUAGGUGGACAAACUUCAGGUUGCAUCACACCUGAAGUACUGAAUGGAGAAUAGACAAUUCUCCAUCCGGACCUCUCCACGCUCACCAAAAUGGUAAAAGCAAACACUUAACUUCUAAUGUUUUCUCAGAGAUGGUUGAUUCUCCAAUCAUUAAACCUUAAAAGUGCCAAAACAUGUCUGUGCUACCAGGUUAGGUUUCAGGAUGAGCUUUGAUUUAGGCACAGUUAAAUGUUCUCUGUACUGACAGAGAAAUUAAACCAAAGUUAGAUGAUUAAAGCAAAUUAACUAAAGGGAAAAAUGAGUGGAUGAAAUUCGUAAAAAUCCUGCCAUGAAGAAUCAUCUGCAUCUUCAAACUCAAGACUGGACAAUAGUCUGGCCUUGCCGAACGGAUGUGAAAGGGUGUGACAAUAGGAUACAGUAGAUGGCCACACAGAGAAUUACCCAACCUUUUGGGAGAGUGCAUGGGUAGAACUUUGUCCUACCACAUGAACUGAACCAGAAACCUCAUCUUCAGGGCCAUGUAUUUAUUUUGACAAUGUAUAGACUGUCACUGAUGUCAUUUCCGAAAUUAUUAUUGAUUCAGAUCAAUCCAUCAAGGAACUUUUCACAUUUUCUUUGCAUUACAUUGUCUUGAAGAAAAGCAAGUGACUGUCAUGAUGCUCGCUACAGACUCCUUUUCUUAUUGAGUAGGCAGACGGGAUCUGUCUAAAAAUACCCAAUCUGGAGAUCAAUGAUCUUUUGCUGUUACGUUUGCCUGCCUCUUUGCAAUACUGUGAAGCAUGACUUUAUCUGGUGUCCCUGUUCACACAAUUUGCCUGCCUCAUAUUACAGUCCAAUGCUCUGCCCCCAUACAUGAACUCAAUGUUUGUACUGUAUAUCUGUCAUGCCAUUAUGCUGUAUUUGAAAAAAAAAGUCUUUUGACUUCUUCUGUAAUUACAGUAUUAUUGUUGCUGAUUGCUCCAUGAUGACAUUAUUACAUAGGCACUGUACAAAAGCUUUACCGAGAUGGAGGUUAUUUGGGUUGAGUUAUAAUUCUGUAUCGACAACAGCCAAGAAUAAA